CGUGGUCUCGCGCUUCCCGCGGGACAGACUGCAGAGGUGCAACAGUCCGGCACGAGAGCGCAGUGGACUUCCAGGCUCAGUGUGAUGAAGGGCACCAACUGACCAUUGAGCCCACACGCCGGACAGACAGACAAGAGGAGAGAGGCGGAGAUAAUUCCUUAAUUCUAUUUAAGCUUCAGUUUCUCCCACAGUAACUGCUGCUGGUCUCAGAAGGGGCUGGACCUCCAACAAGCAGUAUGGAGGAGUCGGGCCUGCUGAAAGAGAGGCUCCAUGCCAUCACUGAGAAGCAUCGUAUUCAAGAAGACAUUAGACAGAAGAAACAGGAACUGGACCAAGAGAAACUCAAACUACAGCAUCUAAAGAAAAAGUCUCUGAGAGAGCAGUGGCUGCUACAGGACUCAACUAGUCUUCUGUCCGACCAGCAGCAGACCAGAGCACUGCAGCUGAACAUUCACAGAAUAGAAAUGGAGAUUGAGUCUCUGGAGAGGCAGGAGUCUAUGAUAUCUACCAAUGAGAGCUUCAUCCUGAACAGACUGAAGGCUGUGGAGAAAAGUCCAGAGGAAAUUAUUAAGGAGGCCCAGGACAGCUUUAUUUCCAAGCCAUCACAAGUCACCAUAGUGGUACCUGAUAUCCAAAAGCCCCUGUCUCCACCAGCCAAGGAACACACUGAACCAAACACACCAAGAAAGACUCUGUUUGCCAUGGAGAUCAAUGUGACUAAAAACCUGUUGACCGGGGAGAGCACAGUACUUUCUACUGCAUCGGUCCCCCCUGAGGAGCUAAGCCAACACACUGGGCUCAAGGUUUAUGACGAUGGCAGGAAGUGUGUUUAUGCUCUAAAUUCCCAACAGGGGUCACAUGACCAGAGCCGUGUGUCUGAGCUCUCAGCCAACGAGGUGGAACAGUUGCUGAAAAGUGCUACAGAGCAUCGCCAAGUAAACCAACAGAAUUACCACCAAAAUCACAGCAGAAGGGGGGGACAUUGCUUUUUCAGCCACCAAGAUGAAAGAGAACGUGGGGAAGGUCUUGACCCUAGAAACCAGGGAGGACAUUAUGGUAACCACUUACUCAGAAACAACAUAGUGCAGAAAGACUUUAGCUGUAGGGAAAACUGGCAGAGAAAACCACUGGAUGAGCAUCGCUAUGGUCACCAGGAAAGUCAUUAUAUUCGGCAGGAGGAGAGAAAUAACCAAUCCAAUCUGAGGGACGGUCAUCGCCUUGGAAACCAGGUGGGAUAUCACUCUGGCCCCCAGAAAGAUCGUCCCUACAGUUCAUACCAGACAAGAAGCUGUUAUAGCAUUCAAGAAGCUCAGCAUAACCAUGCCACCAACAGCAUCAUCAGAAGCAGUAGUAGCUUAAAUGGAGGCAGAGCCAAUGGCUGCCCUCCUCCCAGAUCACAUGACCAUGAAGUAGUGUCCACAUAUCAACCGCAGCUCUGCUACACCCCUGCCAAUUAUAUUCCUCUUACUGAUUAUGUAAGUGUGGACGAAGAAGAACUUUAUUGCUAUAGCCCACCCUCCAAUCACUCACAUAGCCACAAUGCAGACAACCAAUCCACUGCUCUGUGCAGUGACCCCACCCACUCGGACAGAGUCCCCUCGCCCCUCUACAGAGAUGACACCCCUUACACCAUCCUCAGCACCAUGGAAACCUCUGAACCAAUCACAGCUAUCUUCAUGGGUUUCCAGACAGCCGAGGACGACAGUGGGCAGGUUCAGGGGUUCGAGGGCUCCCUCAAGGCCGAGCUGGUCAUCAUAGAGGACAACGAAGAAAAUGCUGACAACAACAGCAUGACAGAGAAGAAAAACCACAGCCAGCGGAAUGUCCAUGGUUAUGCAACAGGCAGUUCAGCCUAUGGGAACAUGGGACGCAUGGAAGGAGUCGGAGACAGGUGGACAGAAAGACGGAUGGGACCAGGUAUCAAAAAGAUCCGGAAAAAACAUAAACCCUGCUGCACUCUCAGCUAGCUGGACUAACUAAUGCCUGAGCCUGCUGUGUCAGUCUGCUGAACUAAUGACUAACUGCAUACCUAGACUUGCUUGAAAUGAACAGCGCUCUGAGAACAAGGCUGGAUGGUAGCGCACUGAUUGACCCCUCUCUGCAUUUAUCAAAGUGAACAUCUGGAAUCAACAUCAGGGCACCAUUCCUGAGAAAUGGACAGCUAGUUAGCUGGCCAUUUAUAUAUAUAUAUAUGUAUAUAUAUAUACAUCCCAAUAAGCUGAUGGUACAUUUCAAAGAGUAGAAGUACAAAGGUAAUACAUCAAAAUAUCAACAAUAGUAAGCUAGAAAAAGUGGAACAUUAAAAUGUUGUAUAAAAGCAUAUUUGAAAUGCAUAUAUAAACCCAUAAAAUCUCUACACAUAUGCAUUGUAUUUUACUGUUAAACAUACACAAACGUGUGUUCUAGUUGAGACUAUGAAGAGAAGACAAGAAGCUAUACUUUCAUAAAUCUGAGUUUCAGAAUCAUUUUUUAAUACAUUUUAUGGCUUGGCCUGCCAAUGCCUGCAUAUUCACUAACAAAUAUUUGAAAUAAAUAUUCCCUAUGGAGCUUUUUAGCCUCUUUUAGCUAAUUGUUUUGAUAUUAUGUAACACUAAACUGUAUAGUUCAGCGUCCCAUAAACCCUUCUCCAAUAAGCAGCUGUUUUCAGUGAUAAAGCUCUGAUAAACCUACUGUACUCUUCCAGCCCAGCACCAAACUGCAGAAAGACUCCUUUAGCAACCAGCUAGUGAACAUGGUGGAGCAUUUAGCAGCUAAAGAGACAGAGGUUUUUCUCAGGAGUUUGUGGAGACCAAACUAGAGCUAGAUGGAGAGUGAAUAUUGCACUUACAUUUAUAAAUGGUUUUAUGUAGAGCUUUUAUCCAAAGUGCGUUACAGUGUUUCUGCUGCUCAUUCACUCAUUCACACAAACACUCACCAUUGGCGGCAAGCUAUCAUGCAAGGUACUGGCACAACCAUCGGGAGCAAUAUGGGGUUCAGUAUCUUGUCCAAAGACACUUCCACAUGCGGACAGGAGGAUUCGGGGAUCGAACCACCAGCCUUCUGAUUAGUGGACGACCCAUUCUACCCCCUCCUACCUCCACAGCCGCCCAUUUGUCAUGUUGUCAGAAACACAACCCCACAUAAAAGCUUGUGUUCCUUUUGUCUGCUAGAUUCAUAAAUAGGUUAUUGCUUGCAACUUAGUAUGGUGAUAAUAUGCUGCUGUCUGGCAGCUUGUUUGAGUUGUUCUGGAAGCAGUUUAAAAUUAAUAUGCUACUGAAAAAUUGAUCAUUUAAGUAUCAAACAUUCACCAACCCGUAGGACUGAAAAGUGUCACUAUAAAGAUCAUCCUUGGGAACGAACUAUUGGUAUGUUUAGCUUGAAUUCAGUUAGUUACAAUGAAUUUUAAUUGCAGCCAGUUUUCACUGAAGAAAAAUAUAUCAAAACACACACAUGGAUUCUCAUACAACCUGCAUCAUAAUUCACUUCCCACUGUCUUUACAAAUCAUACAUAUACAUUAUAUGAAGAGAUUAUAUGUACAACACCAUAUGAAAAUCCUUAAAUUGUUAACCAUAUACAGUAUAUUGAAGAAGUUGAAAAAUGUUGUCAUAUGUGAUUGUGCAACACAUAGUAUUGAGGAUGAUCUGGACACAUGUAUUUACAGAGCUGCUCUCCUGUGGCUCCCUCUGCUGGUAGAUCAACCUGCUUCAUAAUAGUCAGUAAUCAAGAGUGGCAGAAUAUCCUUUGUACAUAUCCAGCAAUCCAGACCAGGUGAUAGUGAAAACUGUACAGUAUAUAACAGUUACAUGCAGUAACCAUGAUAUGCUUUUUGGGCUUUGGGAGUAUCUUAUAGCACUGUAUGAAUAGAAGUACAGUGGUUUACAGAGUGGCUUUCAGACCCUUAUUCAGAAAAAUGAAAGAAAAUGUCAUCAUUUUAUAUUAAUAUAAUAUACUUAGAUGUUAGCGCAAUAACACAAUAUUCCUUGCCUUCCCUAAACUCCCUAAACAUCAACUUGACAUAAAAAAUCUUUUUACAUGUGAAUCUUCAUUAAAUGGGGUCUGAGGUGUGAUCAUUGAUUGUAUAUCAAUAUAAAUAUAAAUAAAUAUAAAUAUUUAUAUACAGUCAAUGGGUGUGAUACAGGUUUGAUCAACAAAGUGAUUAAUAUGCAUCCAUAACCAUUUAUUGGAGUUUACAGAACAUGUCAUGUCAUAUUGCAGACUAGUUCAGUGUGUUUCAGUUGCAUAUAGUAAAAAAGGUAAGACACACUUCCUUAUUUACAGAUUAGACUAUCUUGCACUGUUGUUUUGUUUUGAAUAACUGCUGAUGCUUUUUACAUUUUUAUACUAACUUCAGAUGUUUGUACUGUACAUAUGUUGUCUACAGCGUGUCAGAUGAAGAGCAUGUGGAUAACCGUGUAA